AAGAAACGAAAGUUAAAAUUACGCAUCAUAAAAAGUAUCUAAAGUCAAUAGACUUAUUAGACUAUCCUUUUUAUUCAUUUAUUAUUAUUAUUGUUAUUAUUUUCUUAUUAAUAUCACUUCAGUUCUCACUAUAUUAUGGAGUUUUCAGAGAAUAUAUUGAAUGCACUCUCGAGUGACAUCUCUAUCAUCACAGCUGAAGACCUUGUUUAUAUUCGUGGGGAAACGAGUAAACAGGAAAAUCUUCGUAUAGUAAUUGACGCAAUGGGUGAAGCGUCAGCAAGGGUGCAAGAUUUGAAAAAUAUUAUAACAACUACAGCAAAAUUUAAAGAAUCUUUACAUACUUUAUAUAUAAUGAAGGAUCAAGAAAAUAAAACCGUAGUCGGAAUACUUAAAGUCGGGAUAAAAAAAUUGUUCGUUAUGGAUCGAUUAGGAAGACAACAUGAAAUAGAACCAUUAUGUGUAUUAGAUUUUUAUGUGCAUGAAAAUUGUCAAAGAUCAGGAUAUGGAAAAAAAUUAUUUGAAUAUAUGUUAAUCAAUGAAAAAGUUGAAAAUCCUUAUAAAUUAGCUUUUGAUAGACCUUCAGAUAAAUUUAAAUCUUUCUUAAAAAAAUAUUAUAAUUUAGAAAAUUUUGUUCCUCAACCAAAUAAUUUUGUUAUAUUUGAUGAAUAUGGUUUACAAGAUAAACCAACAAAUUCACGUAUACUUAAUACAUCAUCAAAUCGUAGACAUUCUGCACCAUAUGAAAAAAUUCCUACGGGAACUUAUCAUAGACAUACAAGAUCUCUUACACCACAUCAUCAUUAUUACCCUUCUUCACUUUUCGAUUCUUCUUCACCGAUACUCUCCUCCUCCUCUCCUUCUUCCCCUUCCCCAUCGGAAAACAACUUUACUUCAGUAUCGUCAAUUAGUCAUUCUGCACCUCCAAAAGAAAUUUAUGUUCAAAGAAAAAGAGAAUUAGCCAAUCAACAAGAAAUUAGUAAACAAUCUUUAUAUGGUAACAAUCCUAUUUUGUGAAAAUAACAGAGUAAAAUUUAGAUGAGAACAUUCUUUAGUAUUCCCCCCUUUUUUUCUUAUAUAAAUACGAUUUAUUAUAGACCUUUUGUUUUUUAUAAAAAGAAAUAGAUUAAUUUUUGCUUCAGUUUAUUAAUUGCAUUUUGAAG